AUUUAUUCUACAAUAUCGUACGAGUCUCCUAACUUACUUUGUAUAAUCAAACUCAACCUAACCUAAAAAUUAGAUGAGCCUAUAACCUGACGUCUAAGUAAUAUUUUUAUUUAAUAAAAUGCUUAAAUUAGUUCAAACAAUUCCAAAGAGACCACUUUUAAAACAGCUAGGCUUAGAAAAAUAUUAUACUCUGCGAACGUUUUUAUCACAAGCCUAUUAUUGCGAUGACGUGUGGAACCGGAGACUCAAUAGUCCCCUUUUGCAAAAGGUUAAUAAUGAAGAGUUGUACUAUGAAUUGGACCAAAGGUAUCAAAAAUCCAAACAGCUCAAUGCCCUUGAUAUAGAUAUUUUUGCGAAUUCUAUUCAAAGUGAUUUAUUUUGUGAUGAACUUCUUGAUAUGGUUCACAAGCUUAGACUCACCGCAGAUACAUUUAAUACACCAGAAUCAACAAGUCAUGCUGUUGUCAGAUUAUUGUUAAAAUAUGACAAAUCAGACGAUCUUUUAGAUGCACUGGAUGAUAGACUAAAUUAUGGCUUGUUUCUGGAUUACUACACUGCAAACUUAUUAAUGGAUUCAUUUUGGAAAUCAAAACAAUUUGCACAUGGCGCUAGAGUUGCUUCUCAACUUAUGUUGCAAGAGGAAGUGGAUCACCCAUUGUUUCAGAGUUUUGCACUCCUACAUUGUUACAAUUAUUUAUUAAAUCCAGAAGGUUGGCCUGUAAUAACCCCACCUCCAGAGCCAGAAGAAGAAAUAAAAAUAAGAGUAAAAUACCUUAGGAACCCUUAUGAUGAUGAUCACUUUGAUCUAAGAGAACCUUCUAAAAUCGUUGGAAAAACUUUGGCAAUGAUCGGUAGACAACAUAGUGAUCCACUACAUCAAAGUUUUCAGCUUUUAGGGUUAGCGUUAUUUGGAAAAAAAGAUGAGUUUAAGAAGGUUGCUGCUGAAAUCAAAACACCCUUAGUUAAAGAAAUUUUGGAGUUGGUUCCAGAGGAUAGUGAUGUUAAGGAUGUUAUGAAUAACCUAACAACUGAAUCAAUGAAUGUUAAUGAUAUUUUAAAACAAAAUGUUAAAAAAUCGUUCGAAAAAACGUCCGAAUACGAUAUCAGUGAACAGUGCAAAAUGUUUGAAAAAUGGGAGCACGACAGAGUGAAAAAAAUGGAUGAACAAAGAGAAAGGCUUACUAAAGCAAAUAGGCUGGAAAAUGUUGAGGAUCUUAAGAAAGCUCUUAAGAAGAAAGAAGAAAAACUCUGGUUCUUUGAAAAUGAAGACCAAAUUGAUUUGGAUAUUGAGGCCAAAUAUAAAUUCUAUCCAAAACGGUGGUUUGGCCACAAGAAGAAGCCAAGACAAAUUGAUGAGGGAUAUAUUCCUCCUGAGGUUUAGAUUGAGUAACAGAUGUAAUUGGGUUGAUCAUUUUCUAAUAAUAUUUUAUAGUUUAGUUUCAUAAUAAUUUUGUAGUUAUAAUUAUAUAUGUAUAAAGUACCAAAAUACUAAUAUAAGAAACGUCUUUUGAUUA